AUGAAUCGACAAAGGCUGCGGGAUUCGUAUCACUUUGUUACCGAAUACCUCCAGCGACGUGGGUUGGAGUAUGAGCCUGGCUGUAAUGCGGGCUUCUUCGUAUGGGUCAACCUUGGGAAGAAGUACCUUGAAAAUCGCCAGAAGACACAAUAUGAUGGUCCGGACCUGACCCAGGAAAUCGUGGAUCGUCUUUGGAAUCAGAAGGUCUUUCUUGCCAGUGGCAAUGCUUUUGGGUCCGAGAAGCCUGGCUGGUUUCGCAUUGUUACCUCCCAUCCGAGAGCGUACCUGACAGAAGCAUUGCGGCGCAUUGAGCUUGCGAUAGGGAAUUAG